GGCAGUUCUCAGUUAUCGCCAAGGCAGCCUGAUGAUCCAGCUGCCGCGCGCGCGCUGACAGGGAUACAAGUACCGUUCACGCCUGAAAGGGGACACAUUUGGAGAGUUGGCAAACUUCUUCCCCCCCCUUCAGCCGCACUCAUGUGAUUUCCACAGCUUUCCAGCCAUGUCCAAGAGCCUGAAGAAGAGAAAGAACCACUGGACCAACAAAGUCCACGAGAGUGUCCUCUGCAGGAAUGAGGAGGGGGAGCUGGGGCUGGAGUUGAAGGGCGGCGCAGAGAAUGGACAGUUCCCGGUUAUCGGCGAGCUUCCCCCGGGAGGAGCGCCGUGCCACAGCGGCAAACUCUUCCAGGAUGAACUCCUGCUGGAAGUCAAUGACACCCCCGUGGCCGGACUCACCACCAGGGACGUCCACGCUGUGGUCAGACACAGCAAAGAGCCCGUCCGGAUCAAGUGUGUCAAACAAGGAGGCGUGAUAGACAAAGACCUGCAUCACUACCUCAGCCUGCGCUUCCAGAAAGGAUCGGUGGACCACGAACUGCAGCAGAUCAUCCGGGACAACCUCUACCUGCGCACCGUCCCCUGCACCACCCGGCAGCCCAAAGAAGGAGAGGUGCCAGGGGUGGAUUAUAAUUUUGUGACAGUCGACCGGUUCAUGGAAUUGGAGAAAAGCGGCGCCCUGCUUGAAAGCGGAACAUACGAAGAUCAUUUCUACGGCACCCCAAAGCCUCCGGCCGAGCCCAGCACUCUGCUGCUCAAUGUAACAGACCAGCUGCUGCCGGGCGCCAGACCGAGCUCCGAGGGCAAGAGGAAGCGUAACAAGUCAGUGAGCAACAUGGAAAAGGCCAGCAUCGAGCCCCCCGAGGAGGAGGAGGAGGAAAAGCCCAUUGUCAACGGCAACGGCGUUGCAGUCACCCCAGAGUCGAGCGAACAUGAGGACAAGAGCACGGACGCUUCAGGGGAUCUCCCCCCGCAGAUCAACCCGGCCGACGGCCCAGCAGACGCUCCCAAAGAAGACGGACAGUCCCCCAAGGCGACGGCGCCCAAGCUGGAGGAGAACGACGAGCUAGGGCCCCUUCCAGACAACUGGGAGAUGGCAUACACCGAGAAAGGAGAGGUCUACUUCAUUGACCAUAACACUAAAACAACAUCGUGGCUGGACCCGAGGCUAGCCAAGAAGGCGAAACCGCCUGAGGAAUGCAAAGAAGACGAGCUUCCGUACGGCUGGGAGAAAAUCGAUGACCCCAUUUACGGCAGCUACUAUGUGGAUCAUAUAAACAGAAGGACCCAGUUUGAGAAUCCAGUUCUGGAGGCGAAGAGGAGACUCCAGGAGCAGCAGCAGAUGCAAAGUCAGGGUCUGUCCUCACUGCCUCUUCCCACCAUCUACAGAGUGGAGGAUGCCAGCCCCUGUGCCACCCUCCCCAGACCCCCCCGUGCCCAGUUCGGAGCGGCGCCCGGGCGCUGCCACAGCCUCGGCGACCUCUCCCGCUCGCCGGCUCUGGCCCGCAGGGCCGCUGCACACGCCGCGUACUGCUCGGCUGACGUCUCCCCGCUGCGGCAGGUUCUGACUCGGCGGUUGAACGUUCAGCCGACGCCGCACAACCCGGCCUGCACUACAGUGGUGCUAGAGCAGCCUGUCUGUAGCCCCUAUUCCCUGUGGCACUUUGUCAAAAAGCCGCUGUUCACACGGGACCCCACUCAGCUGAAAGGCAGUUUCUUGUCGACGUCGCUCCAGAAGAGCAACAUGGGCUUUGGGUUCACGAUCAUAGGAGGAGACGAGCCGGACGAAUUCCUCCAGGUGAAGAGCGUCAUCCCCGAUGGGCCGGCUGCAGCCGACGGAAAGAUGGCCACAGGUGAUGUCAUCGUCUACAUCAACGAUGUCUGCGUUCUGGGAACAACCCACGCCGAUGUGGUCAAAAUUUUUCAGUCCAUACCCAUCGGCCAAAGCGUGACCCUCGUAUUGUGCCGCGGCUACCCGCUGCCGUACGACCCGGAGGACGCAGCCAACUCCACCAACACAGCGACUACUCUGAUCUCGCCACUGGGCAUCAUGGAACAGCGGCCCAUCAUGGUGAACGGCAGGACAGGCUACGACAACUACUUGGAGUAUCUGAGCCGCACAGCACGUUUCAUCCCAGACCCCGGUCAGGAGCAGGUCAACGCCCAGCAGCAGCAGCUUCUCAGCACUCACCCAGGCGACACCCACCUAGACGGCUCACUGCCCGCCACCGGCACCACGCCCCCCGACAGCGUCUCCAUGACGUCUUCGACGCAGGGCGAGCUCCUGACUGUGGCGAUGGUGAAAGGCGUGGAGGGUUUUGGCUUCACGAUCGCAGACACCGUCACGGGACAGCGGGUCAAACAGGUCCUGGAGCCUCAGGGCUGCCCGGGCCUCUGCGAGGGCGACCUGAUCGUGGAGAUCAACAAGCAGCCCGUGCAGGGUUUCACACACACGCAGGUGGUGGAGCUGCUCAAAGAGUGCGCUGUGGGAGCCGAGGCCAGCAUGGUGGUUCAGAGAGGCGGCACAGGUCACUAUUCACCCUGGAAGACCCCGAAGCAGGUGCUGAAGCUGUGGGAGUCCCAGCAGGGCCAGAGCAGCCCCGCUCAGACCAGCCUGUCAGCUCCCGUUGUCCCCCACAACUCCCACUUCCCAACACACCAUCUUCACAGGCCUUUGGUCCCAGACUCCGAGGCCUUGGCAAAACCAGACCCCUAUGACCUAUUUGAGAAGUCCAGGGCUAUCUAUGAAAGUAGGCAGCCUAACCAGCCGAGGACAGUUUAUCCUGUGGAUUCUUCAGCAGGGUCGGAGUUCCAGGACAUGGAGGUCCACCUGCGCAGACAGAAGUCCGGGUUUGGAUUCAGGGUGCUGGGCGGUGAUGAGGCCGGGCAGCCUGUGAGUCCGGAGACCUGUGAGAAGAUCCUGAUCGGCGCCAUCAUCGAGAAGAGUCCGGCGGACGUGGACGGGCGGCUGCGGCCCGGCGAUGAGCUGCUAUUCGUGGAUGGGAUCCCGGUGAUGGGGAAGCCACACAGAUACGUCAUCGAUUUGAUGCACGCGGCGGCGCGGAACGGCCAGGUGAAUCUGGUCAUCAGGAGGAGGGAUCCGGCGUCAGGGGAGCCCUGUCCGGUGAACGGCCGCAGCCCGGGAUCCGUCUCCACGCAGCACAGUUCUCCUCGCAGUGACCUCACAUAUGUAAACAGCAUCAACGCAGCCCAGGCUCCCAACACAGCCGCCGGCAACACUGCCCCCACUUCAGAUGGGACGCCAACCACCAAAACACAGCCGAGCGACGUUGCAAUCAGCCGGAAGGAAAGCGAAGGCUUCGGCUUCGUCAUCAUCAGCUCGCUGAACCGGCCAGAAACGGCUGCGAGCAACACUGUGCCGCAUAAAAUCGGCCGCAUCAUCGAGGGCAGCCCGGCCGACCGCUGCGGGAAGCUGAAGGUGGGGGACAGGAUUCUGGCGGUGAACGGCCAGUCCAUCGUCAGCAUGCCGCACGCCGACAUCGUGAAGCUGAUCAAAGACGCAGGCCUGAGCGUAUCCCUGAGGAUCAUCCCGCAGGAAGAGAUAAGCAACCCUCCAUCAGCCCCCACCUCAGAGAAACAGAGCCCCAUGGCUCAGCCGCACAGCCCUAAAACCCAGAUCAACUCCACCGCCCCCCAGCCCAGCCAGACGGGGACAGAACCAAGCCUCCCGGUCAGCCAGACCAACCCAGUGCCCCAUCACAGUCCGGUGACCCAACUGCCCGCCCCCCCACCACAAACCUACACCCAUGAUGGCAGUUACAGAUCUGAGGUGAAGGCCAGGCAAGACGUCAAACCAGACAUCCGACAGCCGCCGUUCACAGAUUAUCGCCAGCCGCCGGUGGAUUACCGGCACCCUCCGGUGGCAGAUUAUCGCCAGCCCCCCACGCUGGACUACAGGCACCCGCCGCUUCUGGACUACAGGCAGUUAGCUGCAGACCCACGGCAGUUUACCCUUCCUGACUACAGAAUGCCUCCAGUUCAGCUUUCGCAGGACUUUGACUUCUUCACGGUGGAGCUGGAAAAAAGCGUCAAAGGUUUCGGUUUCAGCAUCCGUGGAGGCCGGGAGUACAAAAUGGACCUGUUUGUCCUGAGGCUGGCAGAGGACGGUCCAGCCAUUCGCAAUGGCAGGAUGAGGGUCGGGGACCAAAUCAUCGAGAUCAACGGGGAAACCACGCGGGACAUGACCCACGCCAGAGCCAUCGAGCUCAUCAAAUCCGGAGGCAGGCGUGUCCGUCUCCUCCUGAAAAGGGGCACGGGGCAGGUCCCAGAGUACGACAACGCAGCCCCAUGGGACGCUCGCCCUUCAGCCUCCCCAAGCCUGCUGGAAGUAGCCCCCAUAAUCGACAGCCUCUCUAUGCCAUCGCCUUCAUCUCAUCUGGUGUCAGACCCUCCUCAUCUGCCACCUCAGGACCUGAGUCGGGACACUGGGGCCCGAGACAGCAGGACGGAGCGUGCCAGGAGCCCCCAGAAAGUCGAGCUGCUAAACCGAGAGCCCAUUGGUCAGGGCAGGAGAGGGGGGAGCAGCAAAGCCCAGACCGAGGGUGGCCGGUCCAUCCAAAAGUGUCCCAGGAUGCAGCCCGCUACUGAUGGAGAAGGAGGCAGGGAGGCGCAGAGCGGGGAGCCCAGACCCUGCAGGAGCAGCAGAGGAAGGUCCAAGGAGAGACGCGCCGCGGACAGCAGAGACUGCGCUCCCUCCCCCAGCAGCUCCGGGCUCCUGCACCCCAACGGCACCGGCAGGGACGAGGCGGAGCGCUGGAGCGGCCGGAAGCAGAGCAAACCCGGCGUCAGGGAGCUGGACGGAGCCCCGCCCAACAAGAGCGGCGUCGCAGCGGGGAGGAAGAGCGCCGUGUCCCCCGGGCCCUGGAGGAUCCCCGGGUCCGACAAGCUGCCCAGCACGCUGCGCACUGGCACGUCCACGCUCAGCAGAUAACGGAACAGAACCAUCUGGACCCAAACACCACUCACCCCCCCCCCAAACCCCAUCCUCCUGCAGAAAGACCCGACAGAGGAGGGCGGGGCGACCUGGACCUGCUUGACUUUAAACUUUUAUUUAUAGAAGCGUAUCUUAAAUUAUUCUAAGACAAAUGUACACCCACCACCUUAAGAACUGGGAACUCCUCCACUGUCAUAGGGGCGCAGCGGGCGCAGCGGGCGCAGCGGGCGCCGCGGGCGCCGCGGGCGGACAGGAAGCAGCUCCCGGAUGUGUUUCAUAUGUACAGAUCAGAGCGGAGUCUAUUUUAUGAAGUGGGGUGUUUUUAAAGGGAGUGAAUGACGGCAGAGGAGAGAUGCAGUCAUCAGCAGAGCCUUAACAGACUGUAGUCCAUCAGGUGAUGAGAGAUCUCCAGACAUAGAUUGAAUAUAUGGAGCUUCUUCUGUAAAUAGAACAACGUAAAGACCUUUAUGGAAAGUGAGAUGGAGCGGAACAGCAGACUGUAUGGCUUCCAUUUUUCUUGUUUUUUUUUGUUUUGUUUUUUGACGGCGGCGUCCAGCUGGACGCCGAGAGGAGGAGCGGAUGGGGGCGCAGAGUGCCUUAGUCUGUCAGAGUCUGGCUUUUAUGUCAAAGGUUUUAAUGUUUCAGCUGCUUCACCACGAGCUGCUAUUUCACCCACAUCUGUGUUACAUGAGGAUAUUUGAUAUUUGAAGCGUCUGCGAGCUUCAUGGCACAGAACAAUCUCUCCAAGUGGGGUCAGCACAGUCCGUCUGAGGAUCAGAAACCUGAAUCUGUGCUUCUUUGAAAACCCGAUCAUCUUUUAAUCUGUGUUCAAAGUGUUCCCAGUGUUCUAUCAUGAUUACGUCCUUUGUCGCCCAAAUCCCCAAACUUGUGUUGUUUUCUAGGACAUAGUUUCUGCAGGAGUUGCCUUUAAGUUGUGGGCAGGACUGUUGGAAUGUAGCAACCCCGCCCCCCUUCUGCUGACGGCGCGGAGCAGGGGGAAGCUUGUGCCCCGCCCACUGUAUUUUCUACGUCACAAAUACACUCUUUUUCCAAAAGUAUUUUUCAUCUUUUUUCAGAUUCACAACAAUUUGGAUAAAGAAAUUCUCAGAAAUGCAAAUAUUUGUUUAAUCCUCUUAAUAAAUUUCCUCCAUCAUCAUCACCAAAUCACCAUAUUUAUCGGCGUGUGCGACCCGUAUAAACGUCCCCCCCCUGUCAGCGGCCUCCAAUUUUUCUGUCCGCACUGAGAUGUUCAGCAUGCACGCCUUUGCCAAAUCGGUGCCAAAGCUUCAAACCUGUUUUUUUUUGGGAGGGGGGAGUAAAAACAAACUCGACUUUCCUGCACUGCACCCUUCAGUCAUGAAACAAUAGAGAAAUGUAGUAUUUUUCUUCAUUUUUCACGCUAUUCUGAGCCACAAACUACAAAAGGAUAGAUAAUAUAUCAGCAAAAGUUCACAAAAUAUUAGGAAAAAGGCAAGAACGUUUAACAAAACACAAAAUUGUGUUCUCUCUAUAUUUGGCACAUGUGGUAUUAUCUGCCUUUUGGGUAACAGAAUACAAGAAUCCAAAUUUUUAGGAUCCGAUAUGACUCAUAAAUGCAUUUAAUGAACAAUUACAAUUUCAAAAAAAGCAAAAAUUGGAAGACUUUUUCCCCUUUUCCACUAGUUUCUUCUUUCAUUUUUUGAGCGUCUUCCAGUCGUCGUGGUUUUUUUAACACCUGGCAGAACUGAACCCCUGAAGUUUGGGAAACAGUCGGGCUGGACGUUCAACAGGCAGCAGCUGAGCAGAUUAAAAAGCAUAAAUCCUUGUUUUUGUGGUAAUUCAGGAUAAAAACAGACCCCCCCCCCCCCCCCCCC